AUGGUUCGGGCAUUGACUCGUCGGUACAGCACUCACAACUCGGGAUCUUUCCGCAUUAUGAGAAUGAUUGAGAGUCCGGGGAGGCAGCAGCAAAAUCUGAUCCCGGGCGGCAAUCAUCACGCCGAUGAUGUUGAUCAUAACCAGCAAGAAAAAUCAACUCAUCACCAACAUAUAGGAGAUUGUUGCCCAGGAACUUCCCCGGAGAGAUAUGAUAUGAUGAAGGAAAAGUUCGCUAAGUUGCUUCUGGGUGAGGAUAUGUCGGGAGGAGGAAAAGGUGUUUCUUCAGCUUUGGCUUUGUCAAAUGCAGCGACAAACCUAGCAGCAUCCGUUUUUGGAGAACAAGUAAAAUUAGGACCUAUGGCUCCGGAGACGAAAGCAAGGUGGCGAAGAGAAAUGGAUUGGCUUCUAUCGGUAACAGAUCACAUCGUCGAAUUCGUUCCUUCACUACAGAAAACGAAGAACGGAACAAACAUGGAGGAGGCUCUUGACAGAUUUGGGGAAGAACAAGAGUUCUGGUACGUGUCCAAAAACGACGAUCAAGACAAUGAAAACGGCCAUAGGGAUGACAAAUGGUGGCAUCCCACCGUUAAGGUACCUGAAAAUGGGUUAUCGGAAACAUCACGACGGUGGCUGCAGUAUCAAAAGGAGUCGGUGAAUCAAGUUCUAAAAGCAGCUAUGGCCAUCAAUGCAGAAAUCCUAUCCGAAAUGGAAAUCCCCGACAGCUACAUUGAUUCCCUCCCAGGCAUCACGGUGGAUCAGUUUGAUCCGUCACAGUUCCUAGCAACCAUGGACUUGUCAACAGAACACAAAGUUUUAGACCUUAAGAAUAGGACUGAGGCCUCCAAUAUCAUAUGGAAGAGGAAGCUGCACCAUAAAGAUGGAAGAUCUUCUUGGGGUUCGAGUGUCAGCUUGGAGAAGAGGGAACUCUUCGAAGUGAGGGCCGAAACCAUCUUAAUCUUGUUAAAGCAGCGAUUCCCGGGACUUCCACAAUCUUCACUCGAUAUAUCCAAGAUCCAAUACAAUAGGGUAAAUCAUGCAAACCAUUGCACAACUUUUCUUAAACGAACCUUGUAA